ACUCGUGCCGGAAUAUGCUAAUUCUUGCACUUCCCCUCUCUAAAUCAAUGCCUUUUAUAGUUAGGAGUGUGUGUCUGAGUGUCAGACUGACAUAAAGCCCAGCGCUUCUCAACCGCCAACCCGGAAAAUGGAGACGCAGAGCGGCUCUUCAGAAUGAACCGCUGAGCUGUGUGUGUUUACCUGCGCUCACUGUCGGACACAUUUACUCGGAUUUUUGAAGGUUUCUGAUUGGACGGCAUGGGGAAUCUGAUCAAAGUUCUAACGAGAGACAUCGACAACAAUGCUGGGAACUUUUUCCUGGACUUUGAAAAUGCCCAACCCACAGAGGCGGAGAGGCAGCUGUGGGAACAGGUCAGCAAGGUUCUGGAGGAGGCAAUGAGCAUCUUACAAGACUUGCAGUCUUACAGUGGAGCAGGAGAAGCCAUCAGACAGGCCAUCCAGCAGCCGAAUGACGAGCGCGUGCAGGAGAAGGCCUGGAAUGCUGUGGUCCCACUGGUGGGAAAGCUAAAGAAGUUUUAUGAGUUCUCUCUAAAGCUGGAGGGCACACUGCACGGCCUACUGGGGUUCCUAACGAGUGCUCGCUGUAGCCCCACGCAGCACCUGGAGCAGGAGCAGGCUCUGGCACGGCAGUUCGCUGAGAUCCUGCACUUCACACUGCGCUUCGAUGAGCUCAAGAUGACCAACCCAGCCAUCCAGAAUGACUUCAGCUACUAUCGGAGGACGCUGAGCCGCAUGCGAAUCAACAACUUGGCAACAGAGGAGGAGAAUGAGGUGAACAACGAACUGGCCAAUCGCAUGUCUCUCUUCUAUGCCAAUGCCACACCCAUGCUGAAAACAUUAAGUGAUGCCACAACGAAGUUUGUAUCAGAUAAUUCAGAUUUACCCAUAGAGAACACAACAGACUGUUUGAGCACAAUGGCCAGUGUGUGUAAAGUCAUGCUAGAGACACCGGAGUACCGUAGCCGUUUUGCCAGCGAUGAGACAGUGUUAUUCUGCCUGCGUGUGAUGGUGGGAGUCAUCAUCCUCUAUGACUACGUCCAUCCUGCUGGAGCUUUUGUCAAGUCCUCAAAAAUCGAUAUGAAAGGAUGCAUUAAGGUUCUUCGGGAUGAGCCGCCCAACAGGGUAGAGGGUCUCCUCAAUGCGCUCAGGUACACAACAAAACAUCUGAAUGAUGAUACUACCUCCAAGCAAAUCAAAAAUAUGUUACACGUCUGACAUUGUCCAUGAAAAGGUACUUUCUUGGAACACUGAGGAUUGUGCCCCUCUUGUAAUGAGACUGCUUCAACAGUGUGUUUAAAAUGCAAUGAGAAUGGCCAUGUAUUGGGUGGCAGCUACUAGGAGACCCUGCUGUAAAGUUUGGAAGGUGUAUGGUGGUUAUCAUCUUAUUAUUUUAGACUUGUAGUAAUAUGAUUGAAAAUGAAUUCUGAAAAGGAGCUUAUCUGCUGUGGUGUUUCUUUAUUUUAUUCCCCCUGUGUAUUUUUUUAAUAGUUGACUGAAUACCAAGGCAGGAUAAAACAGUUUUGUUUGUGUAAUGUAGCUAUCUGGUUUUUACUGAUUGACAUUAUUUGCUGUGACUUUUGAUAACUCUUUUGAACAAAAUAAAGAAGCUGUCUAUUUCA